CCUGCUUCGCUUGCUUUCUGCAGGAGAGACCAGAGAGGAGAGGACUUUCAGAAACUGGAUGAAUUCUCUGGGUGUCAAUCCUCACGUCCAUCACUUAUACGCUGAUCUUCAAGAUGCUCUGGUCAUCCUGCAACUUUAUGAGAAGAUCAAGGUUCCUGUCGACUGGAGCAACAAAGUCAACAAGCCUCCAUAUCCUAAACUAGGGGCCAACAUGAAAAAGCUGGAGAACUGUAACUACGCUGUGGAACUGGGGAAGACCAAAGCUAAUUUCUCGCUGGUGGGCAUCGGGGGGCAAGACUUGAAUGAUGGGAAUCCAACGCUCACUCUCGCCCUGGUCUGGCAGCUCAUGAGGAGAUACACUCUGAAUGUACUAGAAGGCCUGGGCGACGGACAGAAGGUCAACGAUGACAUCAUCGUCAGCUGGGUUAAUAAGACUUUGUCACAAGCAGGAAAAUCAACCAAAAUAUCCAGUUUCAAGGACAAAGAGAUCAGCUCCAGUCUGGCGGUGUUAGACCUGAUUGAUGCCAUCCAGCCCGGCUGCGUCAACUACGACCUCGUGAAGAGAGGCAGCCUUAGCGACGAAGACAAACUGGACAAUGCAAAGUAAGAUUUCAAAAGAGUGUUCAUUAUAUAACAUA